UCUUAUGUAUUAUCCAUCAUCUACAACAUAUACUACAUAAAGUUAUAGAAAGUUUAAAAAAUAAGAAGAUAGGGUAGAAAACACUAAUGCAAUAUAAGAUUAUCAUUUAUAAAGAACACUUAAAUAGGUUGAAUAGUUACAAAGAGAUCUUGAAUAAGCUAAAAUUGAAGAAUAAAGUAAUUUUAUUAUUAAUAAAAUAGAUAGUUAAAAGCAAAGAAGGUUAGCAGAAGAAAAGCUCUAUCAUUUUUAAUUAAAAUAUGAUGACAUGAAUAAAGAAUGUAUGAAUUUAAGAGAAAAAAUUGCAAAAGCAGAGGGAGAUAGAUAGGUUAUUAGAGCUUAAGGUGAAGGAGAAGUAAAAGCAUUGAAUGUGCAAAUAAAUUUUUUAGAAAAAUAAAUAUCAGAGCUUAAAUUAGAAAAUGAAAAAUUGAAAAAAGAAAAUGAAUAACUUCAUCAUCAAGUAUUAGAUUCAAAAAAUCAAUCAAAAAGACCUAUUUAAAAUAUGCCUUAAAAUACAUAAUAACGACCAUAAUCAUAUUAUUGA